AUGCCUGGGUCCACUUCUUCAUGUGUUACAGGGAGCACAGCAGUGACGUACCUCCUUCUUAGGAGCUAUCACCCCCGGGGCAGAGAUGGGAUUAAGUUGAUGGGACUCUUAUACCACGGAUGAAUAGGAUUUGAGAUGUUUUUCCACCAGGGUCUGAUGGCUUGCAACAAAAUCAAGUCACUAGGCCUUUUCUGCAUGCAGAGAACCUUCUGGGACAUAAUUGCCUUGAGUAGGAAGCAGGAGAACAGAAGUCGUCCACAGUGUCAGGAUUUCACUGAGAGUUUGCUGGGGCUCAAGAGACCUGAGAGCAUAAUGGUCAGUGGCAGAGCCUCAUUCUUCCCUUUCCUUUCUCUGGCAGUGCCCUCCACACACUCAGGAGAGAGAGCUACUCAAUCUGCAUGACAACUUCUAGAAAGAAGUGGGAGCAGCAAGGGUCUCAACAGGGGGCUAAGGCCAAAGGGUGAAGACAUGCAGGCUCCAGUCAGUGAGGGAGAGGAAGGAGGAAAUAGAGAGCUCCCAGCUUUGAUGCUUGUAGGGAUUAUUCAAUUCGGUGGGUUUGAGGUUCUGGGACACAGUGACCCUGUCCCCAUCCCUGUUGCCCUGGGUUCCCAUUUCCGCGGCCAGCAAUGACUCAGCAGCUGUGCGGGAUAUUGCGCUGAAGCCUUGGGUUACUGUCUUCCCCCACAUCACUGGCAGUUAGUGGGCAAGCCUCUUGGGCAGCCUUGGCUGAUGAAACCUAGCACAGCAGCAGGAGAAUGGGAAUGCGAAUUCUCAAGCCCCCACCCUCACCCUUCCUUCCUCUUUCAGGGGCUCAAAGUCUGGCAGGAGGAAGACCAGCAGCAACUGACUGGGCAGACUUCCCAGGACGAUGCAGCCACUCCUGCUCCUGGUGGUCCUUCUCCUGCCUCCCAGGGCUAGGGCAGGGCAGAUCAUCGGAGGCCAAGAGGCCAGGCCCCAUUCCCACCCUUACAUGGCAUAUGUUCAGAUCCAGACACCAGUGGGUCUGACCACUUGUGGGGGAUUUCUGGUGCGAGAAGACUUUGUGAUGACAGCAGCUCACUGCUUGGGAAGACAAAUAAGUGUCAUCCUGGGGGCCCACAACAUCAGGAGGUUGGAAAGGGCUCAGCAGCGCAUACCGGUGCUCAGAGCCAUCCCCCACCCCAGGUACAAUCAGCGGAACAACCAGAAUGACAUCAUGUUACUGCAGCUGAGAAGCAGAGUCAGACGUAAUCGAGCUGUGAGGCCGGUGGCUCUGCCGCAGACCCAGAACAGGCUGAGUCCUGGGACCCUGUGCACCGUGGCCGGCUGGGGCCUUCUCGGCCUGAACAGGAGAACAGACACGCUCCAAGACGUGCAGCUGACAGUGCAGAGGAAUGGGGAGUGCAGUAGACGCUUCAUGUUCUACACUGGCCGAACACAGAUUUGUGUGGGCGACCCAAGAGAGAGGAAAUCCGCCUUCCUGGGGGACUCCGGUGGCCCCCUUGUGUGUAACAACGUGGCCCAGGGCAUCGUCUCCAACGGAAACAGGUUUGGGACUCCUCCAGCAGUCUUCACCAGGAUUUCCAGCUUCCUGCCCUGGAUACGGAGAACGAUGAGACGCUUCAAAGAGUGGGGGCUGGAGUGACACCCCCUGUCAUUGACUCCCCUUCUCUGGGGCAGAGCCCAGAUCCAGGGCGGUUCCCAGAGCCUUAAUAAACAUCCACAUCUAGAGUGGAAAUAACCAAUUCCUCAUCUGUUCAUUAAACAUGAUUCAAUACACAGCAAAUGUGUGCCAGGACU